AUGAGUUAAUCUAAAUUAAUUAGCCACUAAAAGACAAAAUCUUUAAAUGAAAAAGAAUUACAAAGCCAAAAAAAUGCUAAAAAUAUUUCUAUUUAAGCUAACAAAAGUUCUAAGAUGAAAAAUAGUUCAUUUAAUUUAUCCAAAUCUCCACUUCUAAAGAAUAAGAUAAAUUAUCGACCACAUAAUGAUGCUUUUUAAAAAGAAGAGUCUCCUUUAUAGAAAUUGAAUCUAAAUGAUUAAGUUAAGAUUCACUUAAGUCAGUAAAAUUUUAAAAUGACGUAAAACUUUACUAAUAAAUCUUAAAGCGGUAUUCAAAGUCCUAUUUUGAACCCAAACAGUAAAAGUAUGCAAAUAAAAUAUUCAAAUAAAUAUUUUAUUGAUAAUAUGUAAUCUAAUCACAGCUCACCUAAAAACUUAAAUUAGAAGUCAACAGGAUUUAGUUUUUAUACAAAUACUUAGAAUACAUGCAACAACAGUUAGGAUCAGCUAGAUAAUGUCAUAAAUUAAACACCUAAAAACUCGAAUAUGUCAAAGUUAUUAAAGAAAUAAUUAAAUAAUUCUUAAAAUCAAGUAAAUAAUAACAAUAAUAGCUCUAAUAUUAUAUAAUUACAAUAGUAGAACAAUUAUAACUCAUAAUAUUUCUUUAAGAAAAAUUAACAUUCUAAAUAAAAUUCUUUAAUUUAAUAAGAAAGUUUUAAUUAAAAAUAAAUGUCUUAACAAGUUAACAAUAGAAUCUUAGUCCUGAACUAAAAACAAAAAAGGAUUUUUAAAAAUCAAUAGUUUUAAACUUUCUUUUAUAGCCCUUAUUAAAGAUAAAAUGAUUAAUUCAUGCACGAAUAGUCUGAGGAGAUUAAAGCAAAUUCCAAUUUCAACUCCAAUGAAAUUUUCAAUUUAAACAACAGUUAAAAUAUGAGUGGUAAUUUAAUGGAAAAUAGUGGUGGUUUCAAUACUUUCUAGUAGGCUUUGUCUCCUAAAAACAAUCCUAAUAUUCAGAUGAACUAAUCUAGUGUGUAAAAUGAUAAAUUAAUUUUCAAAAAAAGGGAUAGCGAGAAUGACAUUUUUAGUACAAGUAGAAAAGAGCAUAGAAUGGUAGAACUUAUGAAAUAAAAAAUAUAAAACAAUGUUUUUUCUGGCUAUAUUUUUCCAAAAUAAGAAAAGCUAAUUUCUAGAAUUUCCUAUCUAACUAGCAAAUUAAAUCCAUAUUAUGAGAAGACUAUCAAUCUUAUAAACGAUAUUGAAAAUAAAAAAUUACAAUACGGUAAUGAAACAAAGUAGCAGCAAAAUGAUAAUUUUUUAAUAGAAAUGUAGCAAUAACAAGCCCAACUUAACAUGAAUAUGUCUAAUUAGCAUAACGAUGAAUAAGAUGGGAUUUUUAACUAUAUUAAUAUUAAGAACCUUACAAAAGCUGAAUCAAUUGAGCUUUCACAUAAGCAGGGAUGCUAGAAUAUUAUAAAGGCAGAAACUCUUGAGUUUUUUUACGUAUAUAUUUAAGUAAAAGCUAUGCCAACUCCAAUUAGAGUGUGCUUCAAAACUCCAAUAUCAAAAUUAAAAGUUUUCAUCUCAAAAUCUACAAUAUUUCCAUCAAAAUUUUAAAAUGACUACAUUUUAUAGAGUAAUGUCAUAAGAGUAGAUGAUGGAAGCAACAGUUAAUUUACCUUUGAUAAGCUGUAUUUUGGAAUUCUUUCAGAAAUAGAAUAAGAAAUAAGGAUAACCAUAAAAUUUGGCAUGGAAAAGAAAACCGUCCCUAUGAUUACCAAUAAGGUGAAGAGUUAGGAACAACCUGAUUCUUUUACAUAGGAUUUUAGCAGGACAAACAUGAAAAGAUAAUAAAGACAUAUUUCCACUCCAAUCCUUGCUUAGGAUGUAGCUGAAAUAAAAUAAAGAAGGAGAAUGAAAUUGCUUCAUAAUUAAAAAAAUGGAGAAGAAAAAGACUUUUAGUAGCAAAAUAUUUAAUAAGUUUAUUACUAUAACCCAGACACUCAUAAAACAAUUUCUUAGGAAAAAUACCAAUAAUUCAACUAAAAGCAUAAGGAAGUGACCGAAAAAAAAAGAUAAAUGGACGAAAUGUAAUACUACCACAAAGAUUACACAAUGAAAAUAAAAGAUUUAUAAAAGCAGUUAAAUUAAACAUUUUCUGCUAUAAAUGAAAGAAAGAAGGAAGUUAUUAAAUUUAGCAAUGCUUGGGCUAAAAUAAUUUUAUAAAUUUUGGGAUUUAAAAUAUUGUACCAAAAAAUAAAACGUAAGUCUAAUUAUAUGAGGAAUUAAAAAGAUAUAACAAUUAGAAUAAAAUUAAUGAUUAUCAGAAUGUAAAGACAAAUCAACAAAAACUAUGGAAAUUUAUCUACUGAACAAAAAGCGAUUUAUAAUACAAGAGAAGCAUUAGAGUUUUUUUGCAAAAAAUUUAAAAAGAAGUCUAAGCAAGCAGCGGGAAAAUUAGUUACAAACUUCUUAAGAAAUAAAAAAUAGUUUUACUCAAUUGAGCAUUAUGUUUUUGGAUAUUACAACACUAUUAACAUGAUAAUCACAAGAUGGAGAGACUUUAAAAUAAAAAGAGAAAAUUUUAAAAGAAUGCUAGGCUUUUUGUUUGAUAAAUACUUUUCUAAGGUUCUUGAAACUAUUUCAAAAACAGGAACAGACAAGGAUGAUUUUUUUACAAUAAUUAAUAAUGCAAGAAGAAUAGAAAAAGUAAAGACAGAAACCACUAGGUAGAAAUUCAUAGAGUGUUAUUUAGACAGAAGGAAAGUAGAGUACAGCUAGGACUUAUUUAAAUACUUUAAAAUAUUUUAAUAAAAAAAUAAAAAAAAAUUGAUGUACAUUUAAGCUCUGAUGAAUAAAAGAAAAGAUGAAGAAAUUGAUUUUCAUUCAAAUAAAUUUGAUGAAGUCAACGAAGACAAAGAAAAAUAAAUAGAUUAACUGCUUUUUAAUUAAGUUAUUUAAUAAAAAAGUGAUUAAUCAAUCAUUCCUCCAAGGUACUUCAUCGUACCUUCUUACGAAGUCUUAAAGCAAGUAGUUUGUGAGACUUUCGUUAAAGUGAAGGAUGAACAUAUAGUAAAAAAACUCCGUGAAGAAAAAAUUAAAAAGAACUGGUCAGAAUAAGUUUUCCUAUAAAAGCUCAUAUAAAAUGAUGACGAUAUCACUUAAAAGCAAGUCUGA